AUGGCUGGGCGAGGGACUGUCCAGCUCCUCUUCUUGUGUCUAACGCCAGCUCUGCUGGAGGCCGUGCGGAUCAAUGCAAAGGGCCAGCAGGUGCUGUAUCUGGCCCAGGGGGACUCUGUGAGGCUGGGCUGCCCCUAUAUCCUGGAGCCCGAGGACAAUGGACCCACCAACCUGGACAUCAUAUGGACCAUGGUGAACCCUGACCAGAGGCUGCCGUUCCUGACCUACCAGGACCAGAGGAUCAGGUACGGCAGCGCCCCAGGCCUGCAGCAGAGGGUGUCAUUUGUGGCCCAGGACCCAAGCCUGUAUGAUGCCUCCAUCCUCCUGGCAAACCUGCAGAUGUCAGACUCAGCCACCUAUGAGUGCAGGGUGAAGAAAGCCACUGUCGACACCCACCAGGUCACCGUUACUGUGCUCGAGAAGCCGGCCACCCCUCGGUGCUGGAUGGACGGGGAGCCGGUCAGGGGCGGCGACCUCAUGCUUAGGUGCUGCUCUGACGGGGGCUCCCUUCCCCUCUCCUACCAGUGGUCCAAGAUGGGAGGGGACUAUGCCAUGGGCUGGCUGCCCCCGAGAACAGUGCAGGGGCAAGCCUCUGGGGACCUGAUGAUCCAGAGUUUGUCCCAGGAGCACUCCGGGACCUACUGCUGCCGCGUGACCAACAGGGUGGGCUACACCCAGUGCAUGGUGCGCGUCUCCGUCCCUCGCGCCGGCUACACAGGUUCAAGGAACGUGGGGCUCAUUGUGGGCUCUGUCCUGGGAGCCAUUUUCCUCCUGAUCCUGCUGCUCUCGAUCCUCUGGGCCCUGCUGUGGUACUGCAGACGGAGGCAGUGCCAGCCUGUGGUGCCCAUCGAGAUCAGAGACAGUGCCCCUGCUGGCCCAUGCAGAGGUGGUCACCUGCACCCCUACCACGGCAGCGCGCAGCACGUCAGCUACACGCCGUGCCAGAAGUAG